UGGUAUAAAAGAAUUGGAAAACCUGGCUUACUAAUCUUGGCUCUGCCCAGCUGUGAGCAAAUCUUUGGGCCUCUAGCCUUUGAAAUGCAAAAAUUGCGCCAUUCAUUUUCUUAUUCAAAAGACAACUGUUUCUUCUCUGUAUAUGCCAGAGGAAUAAAAUAACACCACAUUGCUUGUCCUGGAAGAGCCCACAGUGCAACAGGUAGAUAAUUAAUAAGUUUUCAUCCAGCUCUAAUGUUCAUUGUUUCUUCUCAGUCCUCAAAGGGUGACCAUUUAGAAAAAUUAGGCUUUCUGGUCAUUUGUAAUGAAAACUUCUACGAAAGUGUCAUUUGGUUAGUGGUUGAGUAUUUCAAGACUAGGUAGGGCUGUGUUCUUUGUAACUGUAACUUCACUCUUUGCAAUUCAAGUACUGUCUCCAUGUGACCUGUAUUAUAGAGACCACAUGUGACUUUCUCUUUUUUUCUAUCUUGAAAGGUACUCACAAAUCUCUUGAGCUGGGCUUUUGAAAGUCGCUUCAAGCGUUGCCCCUUCCUCUCUUCAGUAAAGACUUUCUCCUUGGCAGUAGUGCUAAUGCUAUUUAUGCGGUUCAGGUCGGGGCAUUCCCAGUAAGACACAAGCAGCUAUUCACAAAUCUGAGGGCUUUCUUUUUUUCUUAGGCCUCUCUGGCAGUGUCCCAAGAGUUCACUGGCUUUUCAUUCUGAACAACAAAUAACAGUGCUGCUGAGACAAGUUCCUAGUUCACCUCACACUGGAGAACCAGAUCAGCACAGUAGCAGAGUCUUCUGAAUUGACAUUUUUCCUUUGAGUAAAAAUCAUAGCAAUGAGUGAGAAUGUUGCUCUGAGGUCAGCCCUUGAUAAAAAUCUGAAGAGUGCUGUGACGGCUGCUUUCCUUAUGCUCCCCGAAAGCUUUUCUGAAGAAGACCUCUUCAUCGAGAUCGCCGGGCUCUCCUAUUCAGGUGACUUUCGGAUGGUGGUUGGAGAGGAUAAGACAAAAGUGUUGAAUAUUGUGAAGCCCAACAUAGCCCACUUUCGUGAGCUCUAUGGCAACAUACUGCAGGAGAAUCCCCAAGUGGUGUAUAAAAUCCAGCAAGGCCGACUGGAGAUAGAUAAAAGCCCAGAAGGACAAUUCACUCAGCUAAUGACAUUGCCCAAAUCCUUACAGCAACGAAUAAAUCAUAUUAUGGACCCUCCUGGAAAAAACAGAGAUGUGGAAGAAACUUUGUUACAAGUUGCUCAUGAUCCUGACUGUGGAGAGGUGGUGCGUCUAGGGCUUUCAGCAAUCGUGAGACCCUCCAGUAUGAGACAGAGCACCAAAGGCAUCUUCACUGCUGGCAUCAAGAAAUCAGUGAUUUAUAGUUCACUAAAACUGCAUAAAAUGUGGAAAGGAUGGCUGAGGAAAACGUCCUGAUUUUGGUUGCUUUCAUAUAUGUUAUGUAUAGAUGAAUAAAGUGUUCUUGUCUUUUUGACAGAGCAGUGUUACUUUGA